UUCCUCCUCGUAAUAAUAAAUGACAGAAGAUGUUUGUGUUGGUGUGGCUGUACUAAAAGGCGUUUUUUAAACAUGUCUCUCAAUGGAGGCGGAUCCAGAGGAUUCUAUUUUAACACCGUCUUGUCUUUGGCUCGGUCGUUGGCGGCUCACCGGCACGCACCGAUAGAAAAGGUCCAGAAGCUACAAUGCAUGUGUCCCGUGGACUUCAGAGGAGUCUUCCAGCUGGACGAGAGGAGGAGAGAUGCUGUGAUUGCACUCGGCAUCUUCCUGGUGGAGUCAGAGCUGCAGCACAAAGAUGCUAUCGUCCCCUACCUGCUUGUGCUGCUCAAAGGGCUUCCUAAAGUUCAGUGGAUUGAAGAAAGCUCAGAACGCAAAGGAAGGGAGGCCCUUCCUGUUGCAGAGAACUUCAGCUUUGCUCUGGUGACGGUCCUGUCAGACGUCGCCCAACGCGAUGAGACGCUACAGCAACAAAUCUUGGAGGCCGUUAUGGACAUCAUGCAGGUCCUGCAGGAAAUCUGCAAAACUCCAGAAGCUCAUGAUAAAGAAUACCUGUGCAGGUACACUGUGCCGACGCUGCUCGGUGUUGCUCGCGCCUUUGGACGAUACAGCAACACAGACGAGCCGUUACUGUCCAAGCUGUUCCCUCGCCCGGUCACUCCCGUGCCGCCCACCGCCGAAGAGAACGACGCCAUGCACAGACGCUCUUUCAGCGACUUCCGCUCCAUCCUGCCGAGCUCUUUGCUCACGGUGUGUCAGGGAGACACGCUGAAGCGUAAAGGCUCCUCUCUUCCCAGUGUGUCACAGCAGGCCAGUCCAGAGAGAGCCUGCCUGACCCCCAUCUCUCCUGCUGAUCCCUCUGCUCAGUACUUUGAAGGUUCAUACCUCCCUGAUGGCAGUGCAGUGGACCCUGACUACUACUUCUCCACCAUCAGCUCCAGUUUCUCUGUCUCCCCUCUGUUCACUGGGUGCAGCACUGGAGAGUUUCAGGUCCCUCUGGAUAUACUCAGACAGCUCCUGCACAUGGUUGAACAGUUUGUCUCUGAGUCGUUUUUAAAAUCACUGGAUGAUUCCUUGGCAGAACUUGUCGAGUCGAGUCCUGGUCUUCAUCUCUACUACAAAACCUUCAGUGAUCCUCUUUAUGUGGCCAUAUUUAAAAUGCUAAGAGACACCCUGUACAAUUUAAAAGACCUUCAGACGGACUACGUGAAGGAGGUUCAUGACUUUGUGCUGGAGCAGUUCAGCAGCAGUCAGUCGGAGCUGCAGAGGAUCCUGCACGACGUCGAGUACCUUCAGAGUGAGCUGAGCCCGCUAAAGCUGCGCUGUCAGGCCAACGCUGCGUGUGUGGACCUCAUGGUGUGGGCGGUGACUGAAGAGCAGGGAGCUGAGAAUCUUUGCACCAAACUGUCAGAGAAGCUGCAGUCCAAGACUUCCAGCAAAGUCAUCAUCGCCCACAUGCCCCUCCUCAUUUGUUGCUUACAGGGCCUGGGUCGUCUGUGCGAGCGCUUCCCUGUGGUGGCUCACUCUGUCACCAUGUCGCUCAGAGACUUCCUGGUGGUGCCCUCUCCUGUUCUGGUGAAGCUGUACAAAUACCACAGCCAGUACACACCAGCUGGUGGUGAGAUAAAGAUCCACGUGACAAACGAACAUUCCCAGUCCACUCUCAGCACACAUUCAAGCAAGAAGAGCCAGCCGUCCAUGUACGAACAGCUGCGGGACAUCUCCAUAGAUAACAUCUGCAGGUGUCUGAAAGCGGGACUGACCAUGGAUAACGUCAUCGUAGAGGCUUUUCUCGCCAGUCUCUCCAACCGUCUGUACAUCUAUCAAGAGAACGACAAAGAUGCUCACUUGAUCCCGGACCACACCAUCAGGGCGUUGGGUCACAUCGCUGUGGCUCUGCGAGACACCCCCAGGGUGAUGGAGCCCAUCCUCCAGAUCCUGCAGCAGAAGUUCUGUCAGCCUCCGUCGCAGCUCGACGUCCUCAUCGUAGACCAGCUCGGCUGCAUGGUCAUCACAGGGAAUCAAUACAUCUACCAGGAGGUGUGGAAUUUGUUCCAGCAGAUCAGCGUCAAAGCCAGCUCCAUGGUCUACUCUACAAAAGACUACAAAGACCACGGAUACAGACACUGUUCCUUGGCCGUGAUAAACGCUUUGGGAAAUAUCGCCGCCAACCUCCAGGCUGAACAGAUGGUGGACGAGCUGCUGGUCAACCUGCUGGAGCUUUUUGUUCAGCUCGGCUUAGAGGGGAAGAGAGCCAGCGAGAGAGCCCCAGAUAAAGGCCCGGCUCUGAAGGCAUCAAGCAGUGCUGGAAACCUCGGUGUCCUGAUCCCAGUUAUUGCAGUCUUAACGAAAAGGUUGCCACCAAUUAAAGAAGCCAAGCCACGUCUGCAGAAGCUAUUCAGGGACUUCUGGCUCUACUCUGUCGUCAUGGGAUUUGCAGUGGAGGGUUCAGGUCUGUGGCCGGAGGAAUGGUACGAGGGAGUUUGUGAGAUUGCGACCAAAUCACCGCUGCUCACAUUUCCCAGUGGGGAACCAUUACGCUCUGAGCUCCAGUACAACUCGGCUCUGAAGAACGAUACUGUCACCCCGGCUGAGCUGAAUGACCUGCGCAGCACCAUCAUCAACCUGCUGGAUCCUCCUCCUGAGGUCGCUGCUCUCAUCAACAAACUGGACUUUGCCAUGUCCACAUAUUUACUGUCUGUUUACAGACUGGAAUACAUGAGGAUGCUGCGUGCUUUGGACUCAGAACGCUUCCAGGUGAUGUUCCGAUACUUUGAAGACAGAGCGAUUCAGAAGGAUAAAUCUGGCAUGAUGCAGUGUGUGAUUGCUGUUAGUGACAAGGUUUUUGAAGUCUUCCUGCAUAUGAUGGCUGAAAAACCAAAAACCAAAGCCCACGAGGAGGAGCUGGAACGUCACGCUCAGUUCCUUCUGGUCAAUUUCAACCACAUCCACAAGAGGAUCCGCAGAGUGGCUGACAAAUAUUUGUCUGUGGCUGAAACUUUCCCUCACUUGUUGUGGAGCGGUCGUGUGCUGAGGACCAUGUUAGACAUCCUGCAGACUCUCUCCCUCUCCCUCAGUGCAGACAUUCAUAAAGAUCAACCUUAUUACGACAUCCCAGACACGCCGUACAGAAUCACUGUCCCAGAUACUUAUGAAGCCAGAGAGAGUAUAGUGAAGGACUUUGCUGCACGUUGUGGUGAGAUCCUGAAAGAGGCAAUGAAGUGGGCGCCAUCUGUGACCAAAUCACACCUCCAGGAGUAUCUGAACAAACACCAGAACUGGGUGUCAGGUCUCUCCCAGCACACUGGCCUCGCCAUGGCCACAGAAAGCAUCCUUCACUUCGCCGGGUACAACAGACAGAGCACCACGCUGGGGUCCACUCAGCUGACUGAGAGGCCCUCCUGUGUGAAGAAGGAUUAUUCAAACUUCAUGGCCUCCCUCAACCUCAGGAACAGAUACGCUGGAGAGGUGUCAGGUAUGAUCCACUUCGCUCAGGCUGUUAGAGGACAGCCUGAUCUGGGCCGUCUGAUGAUCAAGCAGAUGGGGGAAGCUUUAGACUCUGCACAGCCUGAAGCCUUCACUGAGGCCAUGUUCAAACUGGCCGCUCUGCUCAUCAGCUCAAAAGACUGUGAUCCCCAGCUGUUGCACCACCUCUGCUGGUCCCCUCUUAAGAUGUUCACGGCUCAUGGCAUGGAGACAGCGAUCGCCUGCUGGGAGUGGCUGCUGGCAGCUCGUGUUGGAAUCGAAGUACCAUUUAUGCGGGAGAUGGCCGGAGCGUGGCAGAUGACGGUGGAGCUGAAGAUGGGCUUGUUCUCAGACGCUCAGGUGGAGGCAGACCCUCUGGCUGCAUCAGAGGAGAGUCAGCCCGUGCCCUGCCCUCCAGAUGUUACCCCUCACCAAAUAUGGAUCGAGUUUCUGGUCCAGAGGUUUGAGAUAGCUAAAUACUCCAGCGCAGAUCAGGUGGAGAUCUUUGGAAGUUUACUCCAACGCUCGCUGUCACUCAACGUCGGUGGAGCUAAGAGUAGCCUCAACCGACAUGUGGCUGCUAUUGGACCUCGUUUCAGGCUGCUGACUCUGGGUCUGGCUCUGCUUCACUCGGACGUCCUAACGAACUCAACUGUAAGAAAUGUGCUCAGAGAGAAGAUCUAUUCAACGGCCUUUGAUUACUUCAGCAUGGCUCCAAAGUUUCCCACCCAGGGCGACAAAAGCCUCCGGGAGGACAUCAGCAUCAUAAUCCGCUUCUAUGCCAGCAUCCUGUCCGACAAGAAGUACCUGGCAGCGUGCCACUUGGUCCCACCGGAUCAUCAGGACCCGUCGUUGAACAGUCUGUCAGUGAUGAACUCUGCAGACCUCAGGAGCAGCAUCGACUCCAGCUCUCGCUCCCAGCAGAGCGGUCAGGGAUGGAUCAACACCUACCCGCUGUCCAGUGGCAUGUCCACCACGUCCAAGAAGUCAGGAACAUCCAAGAAGAGUAACAGAGGGACGCAGCUGCACAAAUACUACAUGAAACGUAGGACUCUGCUGCUGGCUUUAUUGGCCAGUGAGAUCGAACGUUUGACGACGUGGUACAACCCGCUGUCCACUCAGGAGCUGGCUAUCGCUACGGAGCAGUCAGUGGAGACCAGCAUCGCCAACUGGAGGUCCAAAUACAUCAGUCUGACCGAGAAGCAGUGGAAGGACAACGUCAACCUGGCCUGGGGCAUCGCUCCAUACCUGGCUAUGCAGCUACCAACAAGGUUCAAGAACGACGCCAUUGUUGCCGAAGUGACCCGCCUGGUGAGACUGGACCCUGGAGCUGUCAGUGACGUUCCCGAGGCCGUCAAGUUCCUGGUGACCUGGCACACGAUCGAUGCCGACUCUCCUGAGCUGAGUCACAUCCUGUGCUGGGCUCCGGCAGACCCGCCCACCGGUCUGUCCUACUUCAGCAGCAUGUACCCUCCUCAUCCGCUCACUGCUCAGUACGGGGUCAAGGUGCUGCGCUCCUUCCCUCCUGAUGCCAUCUUGUUCUACAUUCCUCAGAUUGUUCAGGCUCUCCGUUAUGAUAAGAUGGGUUAUGUGAGAGAGUACAUCCUGUGGGCGGCCCAGAAGUCUCAGCUUCUCGCUCACCAGUUCAUCUGGAACAUGAAGACCAACAUCUUCAUGGACGAGGAGGCACACACCAAAGAUCCUGACAUCGGGGAGCUGCUGGAGCAGAUGGUGGAGGAGAUCACAGGCUCUCUGUCGGGUCCCGCCAAAGAUUUCUACCAGAGAGAGUUCGACUUCUUCAACAAGAUCACCAACGUGUCCGCCCUCAUCAAGCCGGUUCCAAAAGGAGAGGAGAGGAAACGAGCCUGUCUGAAAGCUCUGUCAGAUAUCAAAGUUCAGUCAGGCUGUUACCUCCCGAGUAACCCUGAAGCCAUCGUGCUGGACAUCGACUACAAGUCUGGAACCCCCAUGCAGAGUGCUGCCAAGGCGCCCUACCUGGCCAAGUUUAAGGUGAAGCGCUGCGGGGUGAGCGAGCUGGAGAGGGAGGGUCUCCGCGCCCCGUCGGACUCUCUGGAGGACGGAGAGGAGAACCCAGACGGAUCGCGCAGGGUCUGCUGGCAGGCGGCCAUCUUUAAAGUGGGAGACGACUGCAGACAGGAUAUGCUCGCUCUGCAGAUCAUCGGCCUCUUUAAGAACAUUUUCCAGCUGGUCGGCCUGGAUCUGUUCGUCUUCCCCUACAGAGUGGUGGCUACUGCACCAGGGUGUGGUGUGAUCGAGUGCAUCCCAGACUGCAAGUCCAGAGAUCAGCUCGGCAGGCAGACCGACUUCGGGAUGUACGAUUACUUCCGUAACCAGUACGGAGACGAAUCUACCCUCGCCUUCCAGAAGGCUCGGUAUAACUUCAUCCGCAGCAUGGCCGCCUACAGCCUCCUGCUGUUCCUGCUGCAGAUCAAAGACAGACACAACGGAAACAUCAUGCUGGACAGCAAGGGUCACCUCAUCCACAUAGACUUUGGCUUCAUGUUCGAGAGCUCUCCUGGAGGAAACCUGGGCUGGGAGCCGGACAUCAAGCUGACUGACGAGAUGGUGAUGAUAAUGGGAGGCAAGAUGGAGGCCACGCCUUUCAAGUGGUUCAUGGAGAUGUGUGUCAGAGGAUAUCUGGCUGUACGACCCUACAUGGAUGCCGUGGUUUCUCUGGUGACCCUCAUGCUGGACACUGGACUGCCGUGCUUCAGAGGACAAACCAUCAAACUCCUCAAAGGACGCUUUAAUCCUCAAAUGAGCGAGAAAGAAGCUGCGGCGUUCAUCAUCAAAGUCAUCCAAAGCUGCUUCCUCAGUAGCAGGAGCAAAACGUACGACAUGCUGCAGUAUUACCAGAACCAAAUCCCGUACUAAAAAAGUCUCCGACGGGACCUCCACUGUACGUCCAACACAAUCGACUCGACACAAGCAAUGCAACGCGUUACUUUGGAUGAUUUCAAUCAAUUGCUGGACUCCACAACAACAACAACAACAACAACAACAACAACAUGGCACUUUGAUCCAAAUACUCUGAUUUUAUUCAGCAUACUGUAAGUUGUGAUUUUAUAAGGAACACCUGAGUUCGUUUAAAGUAAAGAUGGGUUUGUUUCCAGGAGAGGUAUCUGAAUCACCCUGUAAGCGUUUUCUUCUCGAUGCUGUUCUUUGUUAUCCGGCAAACACUGAGCGGAGGACGAUGGCCAUAGAGGGAGCCAUGUUGAUAGUGUUUGUCAAGCAGCUGUUAUCACCAUUGUGUUUCUAUGCUGUUAUCCACUUUAAUGCACUUUAUAAAUCCCAGUAUUUCACUAUCUAUACCUGAAGAGCUUAUACAGAGAUUAACCAUGACAUUUAGAUCUUUAGUAGAAAAAUCAAUCGAUUAAUAAACUAUUCUUGAUUCAGCGACAGAUCAAACAUUGAUGCAGGAAUCAAUCAGCAUUUACUCUUAACAGUAUACUUUAGGAAUGUAGGAGUAUUUAGAGGAUUGGACGUUCGCAUUCUGUAGAAUUAAGUGUCAAAUAUUUACUGUCGACUCGCGUUCAGAUCACAGCGGAUCACUCUGUGGUUCGUGUUGAUCUUGAAGAGUUAUCUGUGAAGAACAUAUUUAUCAGAAACACGGAUCAAAUCCAGUCAUGUCACACCUCCUCAUUGUCAGCUUCAAACUUUAAAUGGUGUUUUUGAGCACAUUCUUUCCACUACAGGUUCGUAUAGACCCCAAACCUGAACUCUAAAGAAACCACAAGAAGGUGGUGUAAAUAUUCAAUUUCAUCAAGUUUUUAAGAACUUAAUUGUUUUAUUUAUGCGUCAUCAAAAAGGAAAGAGUUGUAUUGAUACCUAAACUAUUAUUAGUCACUGAUUUAUUAGCAGUAAGGGUUAAAAAAAGUAGUUUAAUAUUUUGGGAAUGCCUCAAUGAGAAGUCGUGAAUUGGCAUGGAAACAUGUUGUCUGGAGUUUGAAGGUCUCUUCAGUGGGCAUUACUUCGACACAGAGAUACAUGCCUCCAUUUCAACAUAGGUCCCACCUCUGAGAAGCCAAAAAUCCAAUCAUAAUUUAGGAUUUCGGGGUAUUCCCUGGGGUGGCCAAUCAGAUAUCAGGGGCCCAGGCCACCCCUGAUCUUCCCUCUGCACACGCCCCUGGUACAAAGCAUUAUGAAAAUGAGAGGAGGACAUUUUUCUCUUUGCAUAGUGAGAAUAAAUUCAAAAUAUGAGAAAAAAAUCUUCCUUUCUAAUUAAUUGUUUAUUCAUUUACCUGGCUCGAAAAACUGAAACCCUAUCUGCAAAAUUUAAAAAAAA